CAAGCAUGUUCAGUCCUGCAAGUAUUGGGCAGCCUAAGAAGACCACACUGUCUCCUGCUCAGCUAGAUCCUUUUUAUACCCAAGGUGAUUCCCUUACUUCAGAAGAUCAACUUGAUGACACAUGGGUAACUGUAUUUGGAUUUCCUCAAGCAUCAGCUUCCUAUAUUCUACUACAGUUUGCUCAGUAUGGAAACAUAUUAAAGCAUGUGAUGUCCAACACAGGAAACUGGAUGCAUAUUCGAUAUCAGUCUAAGCUUCAAGCCCGGAAAGCCUUAAGCAAAGACGGAAGAAUUUUUGGUGAAUCUAUCAUGAUUGGUGUCAAGCCCUGUAUAGAUAAAAGUGUGAUGGAAAACUUUGAAAGAAGCUCUACAUCCCCGAUGUCUUCGAUUUUCACUCCACCUACAAAAUCUGCUGGCACACCAAUACAACCUGCAAAUAAUACUGCAAGGAUUUCUACAAUGAGACCUCUUGCAACAGCAUAUAAGGCUUCCACUAGUGACUAUCAGGUGGUUUCUGACAGACAAACUCCUAGGAAAGAUGAAAGUAUUGUAUCUAAAGCAAUGGAAUAUGUUUUUGGCUGGUAAUACACAAGAGGGAGUAACACACUAAGCUGGUCAGGCUUUGAACUAUACUGCUGGCACUUGUAGUUAGUUGUAUAACUACUGGUGGCAGUAUUUUAUCUUACAGAGCACCUGUUAUGCCUUCAGUUUAUUCAGAAGACAUGUAGCUUGCACUUUAAAUGAUGGCAGUGUACACAUGGUUUUACAAACUGAGGAAGUGUAAAUAAAAGUGCUUUUUCCCCAUUUGUGCUCUGAUGGCAUGAUUGUGAAAAAAUGUCAGCACUGACUUUUCCUCUGUAAUUGCUUUCUGUGAAUUACUUCACAGUAAGCUGGAAAUGCUUAAAUUGGCAGCUAAAUUUACUGAUGCCUUUAAUUUUUUUCCCCCUCUGGAAAGGUGAUUGGUGACUU